CUAGGAAGUAACAACGUCAUUUACGGCAUGAUUAUUGUCCCGAACUUUACCAUGGUUAAAGAAAAAUAGUAAGAAGCUACGUCUCUUAGUUUACCUGGUAUUUCCAUACUUACAUAACUACCUACAUAAAAGGUAGGCGUCGUUUAUAAAAACUCUUACCAGAUUCACGCAAUUUACGAUCUCUUCUGUACCGGAUCACACGGAUACUCUUUCUGAACCAACAUGGCAUCCACAGCUGCAGUCAUUGGUAGCACAGGCCUUACGGGUUCUCACAUACUGUCGACUCUUCUCGGUCUAGAUGCCUUCAAGACAAUCCGCACCAUCUCUCGCCGAGCUCCCGCAGCAGAGUCACCCAAAUUGACCGCCACUGUCGAACCCGACACUACUAAGUGGGCAUCCAGCCUAUUUUCCUCCGCGCCACCACCCUCUGUAGUAUUCUCCUCCCUAGGCACCACGCGAGCUCAAGCCGGCGGAAUCGCAAAUCAAUGGAAGAUCGACCAUGACCUAAACGUCGAACUCAUCAAAGCCGCGCACAACGCCGGAGUCAAGACCUUCGUAUUCGUAUCCUCAGCCGGAACACGCGGGUUCCUCAGCGGGUACCUGCCAUACUCGAAGAUGAAGAUCGGAGUCGAGGACGCCAUCAAGGACAGUUUUGCGCAAGCGAUUAUCCUGCGACCGGGCCUCAUCAUGGGCCAGCGCGAGGUCGAGCACGCCGCCGGCCCGCUGCUGAACACCCUCGUGCGCGGCCUCGGCAAGAUCAGCCAGGGCGCCCAGGACGCCUUCGGCCAGGAAUCCGAAGUCAUCGCGCGCGCCGCCGUCCGCGCCGCCGUGCUGGCUGCUGAGGGAAAGGCGCCGAGCAAGUAUUGGGUCCUGGAGCAGGCUGAUAUCGUUAAGCUUGGGAGAGACGAGUACAAGGCUUAGGUGACUCUGAGGGGAGGAGAGCGGAAAGGUUGCGCUUUCUCGCAUUCAUGCAUUUUCUUUGGGCGAGCAUGGCGUUUGGGGCAUACGUAGAUUCUUUCGGAUAGCUACCCGGGUGAUGGGAAGGAAAGUUUGGUGUAAAGAGCAGAAUGUUCAUGAGGAAUUCAAAUGCUGUCAAUUUCAUGCGACGAAGUUCAUCGUGCGGCUCUAAAGCUUCGCCUUUUAAGCCUAGAUUCGAUGUGUUGGAAUGAUAUGCCUGCCUGCUUACUUCCCAUAUAGGCUUGUUAUUGGCUGCUUUUUACCAUGUUGGUACGUUAGGCACAUCUUGUCCACCCCUGUUGGACGGACGAUUUCUCCCUCUUUAUCAACCAAUACUACCAACAAUUAAAUAUAAGAAAAAAUUACUAUUCAUUCA